GCUGCCGGUGGAAUUUUGUAGUAAAACAUUAUUUGUCUGUGGCGUAAGUUUGUUCGUGAUCUAAGCAAAGGUGGAUAUUAAUCUGUGUGAAUCCUGUAAUCUAUUGAAAAUCGCGAGUUUUGAAAAAUGAACGCCUUCCCAGGUACUUUUGCUUUUGAUGAAUAUGGUCGGCCUUUUAUUAUAUUGCGGGACCAGGAGCAACAAAAACGGAUUACAGGCACAGAAGCUAUUAAGAGCCACAUCUUAGCUGCCCGCCAAAUUGCUUCCACCAUAAAAACUUCUUUGGGUCCCAAAGGUUUAGAUAAAAUUAUGGUAACUGCUGAUGGUGAUAUUACUGUCACCAAUGAUGGCGCUACAAUAAUGAAAAUGAUGGAAGUUGAUCAUGAGAUUGGCAAACUUAUGGUACAAUUGUCUCAGUCGCAAGAUGAUGAGAUCGGUGAUGGUACUACUGGUGUUGUGGUCUUGGCUGGUGCACUGCUGGAACAGGCAGAGAGUCUGUUAGAUCGCGGCAUCCACCCAAUACGUAUUGCUGAUGGUUUUGAAUUAGCUGCACAGUGUGCUGUCAAGCAAUUAGAAUCAAUAGCAGAACCUUUUCCCGUUGAUCCUAAAAAUAAGGAACCACUUAUACAGAUUGCUAUGACUACAUUAGGGAGCAAAAUUGUUAAUAAAUGUCAUCGUCAGAUGGCUGAAAUGGCAGUAGAUGCUGUGCUAAAUGUUGCUGAUAUCGAAAAGAAGGAUGUGAAUUUCGAAUUGAUCAAAAUUGAAACGAAAGUCGGUGGACGUAUGGAAGAUUCAAUGUUGGUCAAAGGUGUUGUAGUUGAUAAGACAAUGAGUCACGCUCAAAUGCCAAAGGAACUGAAAAAUGUGAAACUCGCUAUACUUACCUGCCCAUUUGAACCACCAAAACCCAAAACAAAACAUAAGUUGGAUGUUAAGUCUGCCGAAGAGUAUCGUGCAUUGCGUGAAUAUGAGCAGGAAAAAUUCACGGAAAUGGUUAAGCAAGUCAAGGAUGCUGGUGCUACUUUAGCCAUUUGUCAAUGGGGUUUCGAUGAUGAAGCUAAUCAUUUAUUGUUACAACACGACUUACCCGCUGUACGCUGGGUAGGUGGACCUGAAAUCGAACUUAUUGCUAUUGCUACUGGUGGAAGAAUCGUGCCGCGUUUUGAAGAGCUUACUGCAGAGAAACUAGGCACAGCUGGUUUAGUUAGAGAAUUAGCUUUCGGUACUUCUAAGGAUAAAAUGUUGGUUAUUGAAGAGUGCAAAAAUUCAAAAGCUGUUACCAUAUUUUUACGUGGAGGUAAUGCUAUGAUUAUUGCUGAAGCCAAACGUUCAAUACAUGAUGCCAUUUGCGUAGUACGGUCUUUGGUUAAGGAUUCCCGUAUUGUUUAUGGUGGCGGUGCAGCUGAAAUUAGUUGCUCUCUUGCUGUUGCUAAACAAGCUGAUCAAUUAUCUACUUUGGAACAGUAUGCUUUCCGCGCAUUCUCUGUAGCUUUGGAAAAUAUACCAUUAGCUUUGGCUGAAAAUAGUGGUUUACAUCCAAUUGAAACAUUAUCAGAGCUGAAAUCUCGUCAAAAUGCCGAAAAUCGCCCAAGUAUUGGCGUUGACUGUAUGUUAACUGGAAAUUCAGAUAUGAAACAUCAUAAUGUUGUUGAAUCCUUGCAUUCCAAGAAACAACAAAUACUAUUAGCAACGCAACUCGUCAAAAUGAUACUUAAAAUUGAUGAUGUUCGCUCCAAAAAUAAUGGACAAUAAAUAGAUCAAAUCAUUUUCACACCCACACAUAACAGAAUAUCACAAGCAUUAGAAAAAUGCUUUCAAAUUGCUUCACUUUUAUUUUUAUUUUAUUUUCUCAACAUAACAUUUUCUAAUACUGUUUAAAAGUAAGAUAUUUAAUGUUUAGUUCCGAAACUAUUUCAUUGCGAGUAUUAUUCGCAAAAUCAUUAUUAAUCGCUUAAUAAAAACUAUUAAUUUA